AUGUCUGCAGUCAAGUACGCGCGCGUUGAGACGCCUUCAGAUGAACUCAUCGAUGCCUCCGUCGACUUGUUUACCACGCUCAUGAAAGAUGGACCUAUGGCGCGCGCUAUGUUGAAGGCAGGAGCCUUGGCCGGCGAGUAUUACACGGCGACUGACGAGAAUAACGACCUACUCGGAUUCACGCUCUGGAUGCCGCCCGGCGACGACCUAUUUAGCACAUGGUAUUCUGGCUUUCAGUUGAUCUUCAACUUGCGCAAACCCACCGACGAAAUGACAUCGCCCCAGUAUAUGGUAGAGUUUCCUGCGUUUGUCAAUCAUUGUAUAGGCCCAACUGGCAAGACGGAUUCGUGGUGGAUGCAUCAGGCCAUGGUGCGCCCAGACAGGCAGAGGCAAGGUAUUGCUAGGAACCUCAUCAACCUUGUGCGAGAGAAGGAACGCCUUUACGCAAACCCUUUCCGACAGGCCAAGCUCAAGGGUGAGACGCUCGCAUGCAGUACCACGACGCCCACGAAUGCGCUCGUUUACCAGGCGAUUGGUUUUGAGUUGAAAGAGAAGCGAGAUAUGCCGUCGCCGUGGGGAGACUGGCCAUUGUAUGUUUUCGCUCUGGACACAACCAUGAUAGACCAAGAACCCGAGGAGUCCAUCGCACUCUUGGACGAGGAUGAGGCGCAUGAGGAGUCGGAGAAGAGUGCCUCUGCCAAAAUAAGUGCACCGCAAAGCAAAUGGUCCUCAUGGAUUUUUCGUGUUGUCUGUCUCCUCAUUCUCGUUGAUCUCGCUGUCUACCUCUACAUCUUCCGAUCAUUUCUUGUCCUAUCGGACGACGUCCUCAACGAUCUGGAGUUCCGCAAUCCGUACAUCGGCCUCGACGAACUCUAUGCAUCUGGGCGCGUGAAUGCUUCGCGAUACGAGCCCAUCGUCAACGAGCCUCGCAUCGCUACGCAAGUAAGCAGCGUCGAGCCGGACAAGGUGUUUCCCGAGGACGAGCACCGAUGGCUAAGCACAGCAGGGACGAUGUCCCCUCUCGAUCGCCAUCUGCACGUCUCAAGCAACGUACACACAAUCCUGCAGUUCCGCGCGAUGGAUUACGGUAUGGAGCGCUGCGCGCUGGCCCUGCGUCUCCCCUCGGACAGCGACGAGCAAGACUGGGCGCCCGGUAACGGCCCUGUGAGCCUCGAUGUCUGCGCUCUGGGAGUUGACAGACCACUUGAUCCUCGCGCCCUGUCAUGGGCGUCCCGGCCGUCCUGCCGCGAGCCUUUCGGGACCUUGACUGCGGGCCCCGGUGAGGAAACUCGCUUAUCCGAGUUCCCGUGCAGCUGGGGCACUCUGUAUACAUAUGAAGUGGCUUGUGCGUCGGAAUAUCCUGAUUGUCAGUUGGACGUAUGGGCAAACAGGAACGGGACGUGGGUUCCAGACUAUUUGACAGAUCUCCUGCACUCGUAUCGUAUAAUUGAUGUUCGUGUCCGUGGAUAUCAGCGUCUGCCACUGCGGCAGUGCAUCCGUGGAUUGCGUUAG